AUGAAUCGGACGAGAAGCUGCUUUAAACUAAUCCGCAACGACCUUUUAGAGUUUGCCAUCCAUGCUCAAGUCAAACAGAAAGAAGCCUUUUUCCUGGGAGCCAACAUGACCGGAAAGGGGCCUUGGGAAUUCAAGUGGAUCGACGGGAAACCUGUCAACUAUACAAACUGGGCUCGUAAGGAGCCGAACGAUCAUAGGGACCAGGGCGAGACGUGUAUUGAGAUGUACGUACGCUAUUGGAAGUUCGACAAGACGAAAAGUCUUGAACAAAAUAUGGACGCUACCGGCGCCGGGAAAUGGAAUGAUCUGAAGUGCGAUUGGAGUCCGAGGGCUUUGGCGUGUCGUAAGGAUCAGGCCAACGGGCUACUUGGGCCCAGCAAGGAUGCUACAGCCGGGACGACGGCCAGCACAUUGAGUACCACGGCAACUACCACAAAGAGG